ACGUUUGUUUAAAUUUUGGUUUAAAAGUGUUUAUAAGUUUUGAAAGAAAAAGGACUGAUAAAACGAUCAAACAAAAUAAGUGCAACAUCAGUGACUUUUGAUUAUUUUUCUUUUUGUUCGGUCAGGAUUUGGUACUUUGACGUAUUUGAUUUGAUUGAGAAUUAACGAGAGAAUCGUUGUCGGGGCAUAGCGAUUUCCGUUAUUAGGAUUCCUCGAGCGAAACGAAGAACAGAACAAACGUCGGAGUGAGAAAACUAUAGAUAAAACGAGAAAACAAGAUUUAGAUCGAGAGAUCUAGAGAUCUCUCUAGAUCUUUCAAAGAGGAUAAAAAAAGGAUAACAAACUGAACGUACACAUCGAGGUCGGGAUACAUAUAUCGUAGACAAUCGAGUGCAACGCUGUUAUUUUUCAAAUCGCGUGCGUUACACUACGCCUCCUAUCGAAACGCAUCGUCCGUAACAUUAGAGGUACAACCUGGACGUUAUGCAAGUAUGGCCAAUCUUCAACUUCGUUGAACCACCAACAACAACAACAACUUCGAUUGAAGCUUUAAUAAGAAAAAAAUGGUCUAUAGAGGUAGCUUGCAAACAGAUGAUCCAAGAGAUGCACCGAAAUUGGUCAGAAUGUCGCCACUUAGAACGAGUAGACCCAACGGACCAGUUUACAACAAUUUUAGAACUUCAACACCAAUUAAAAAUGUUUGUCAGGGAUCUUACAUUGGUCCUAUCGAUUCAAACCAUGCUAAACAUAUCGAUGAGAGACGAUUGGGUCGUGAAAGAGACAUCGAAUCAAUGGAGAAAGUGAUUAUGAGAACAACUGGAUUAAAAAUUGGUGCACCUAAGCUUCGUAAUAUUAGUCAAAUACGAGAAAGCGUGUUCGUUGAUCCCUCACUGAUGCCGAUGAGUCAAAUCGGUAGAUCAGAUGUUCGAGGUCGUCCACGAACUAUAGCGAUUGGAUUGGAAGAAUCUAACGGUAGAGUUUCCAGAGUUCAAAGUUCAAUGUUGGCUGAUCUGAAAGACCUGGAACGACUUCGUAAUACACCGCCGUCUCAAAGGAACGCGAAAACAACGAAUAAAUUGGAUAAAACUGAGACUAAAAAUUCGACGACGACGACGACGACGACAAAUUUGAAAAAAAAUUCAACAGGAAAUUCGACUAAAAUUCGAUCGGAUAUUAUGAAAAUACAACAGAUGUUCCAGAUUCCUGAUAAUAAUAGCAAACCGACAGUUAGGAUUUCUCAAGAGAGGAAGUCGAGGGUCGAGCACGAGAAGGAUGAUAAAAAGUUAGCUGGGGAGAUCAACAGGACACGUUUGCUUGCCCAAAAGCUCUUGGAGGCGUCUCGAAAUAACCGAGACGCGUUGAAGGAUCGUUAUGGUAAUACCAAGAACGCGUCAUCUAACAAACAACUACAGACGAAGGAAGUUAAUGGUAAAGCUCCCUGUAAGAGUACAACCAUUCAAGUGAAAAAUCUUGACUCAAGGCAAUCCAAGACCAAGACCAAGCCUACUGCAGCAACAACUAUCACGACGACGACGACGACGACGACGACGACGACUGAGAAAAUCGAAACGAGUUUGAACGAACCGCAACCACGACCACCAAUUCGUAAAAGAAGAGACUCGAGGAAUCGAGUUAACGAUGAUACUCAAGUUAAUCCUUUGGAAGAGGAUCUCGAUGAUAUUUCGAAACAUUCGUUGAAUUUAUCUAAAGAAUUGGAAAACAAUUGUCAAAACAAUUCGAAAUUUGUACAAGGAUUAUUGGAUAGACCGGAUAUAUUGGAUGGACUUUUAAAGGAAUCCGAUCAACAGCUGGAAGAUUUGAAAAUGGAUUUAGGGGAGAGGGGAAGAUCGAGAAGUCAUUGGAGGGGAUUUAUACAAUCGAUGAGAUUACAUGACGUGGAAUUACAUUCGGAUAGCGAGGAUCAACGAAAAGAUCUUAAUUUGUGGAACAAGAGUAUAAGUCAACGUUGGAGAAAACUCAGAAGACGAUGUUCCGUACAGGAAACAUCCGAACCACAGGAAUCGUUGAUACCUGGUGGUGGUGCUCAAGGUGUCAUCCAUACCGUAAGAUCAACCCCGGCUAGCAGGGAAGCUUCACCGGCUGCUAAAAGUCUUCAGGAUGGUAGCUCGCCGAAAAAAUUACUUCAAACUAGUUCCCUCAGACUGCCAGGCACUACAAAAGGCAUAGCAGAUAUUCAAAACGUGUUGCGAAGUAAAUUCAGUAAAAUAAAUGCCGGAAUUAGAAAAAGAAAAGCACUGAGCGUGACGGAGGUAUUUUCGCAGAAAGACAAUGCUUCGAAUUUUUAUGUUCCGAGUCCAUUGACAUCAUCGACUAGUCAAAGUUUCGACUCGUCUGAACGUUUCGAUUCUAGCGAACCAACGUCUUUACCACCAUACCCUUUUCACGAUACUUUAGAAACCUUAGCAGAGACUAGUGUACCGAAUUCACCUAACUGUAAGAGUCCUUUGGCGGAUGGUUGUUCAAGUUUCGGUUAUUCGGAGAACACGCCUAGUUCUUACGAUCAUCAACAAAUUCAUGAUAAUCAUGAUAAAAAAGACGUUUACGAAAACGUGAUAUUUAACAAUUCAACGUCAAGUUCCUCGUCAAGGUCAAAGGUUUCACUUUAUCGAAGUAAUUCAGAAAGUCGUGACAAUAUCAGACACCAGGAUCAUUCCUACGAGAACGUGCGUUUUCACAGAGGACACAGAUCGGAAGUUGGUUCACCCGGAAGUCCUUAUUGCGAUAGGCAAACAUUAGCAAGAAGUAAUUCCGAAACUAGGGAUCAUCAUUGUUAUGAAAACGUACAUUUUCAGAAAAAUGGUAAAAUUAGGAAUCAAUCGGAUUCGUCUUUCGAAACUAUUCAUAUACCAAGAGUAACGCCGAGAAAAAGAAUCACGGAUUUUAAGGUUGGAGGACAAGUGAGCAAUUAUUCGACCGAUUCAAGCGCCACCUCUAUCGUUGGCAAAGAAGAUGGACCCUCCAGUCUUGGGACUGAGAGGAGUCCCGGGAAAAAGCCUACGAGGAGGUUGAAUAGUCGAAGUGUGGCUAAUAUUCCUAGCUCGUCUGGUGCUAAUUUAAAGACUUGGCAAGGCGCUCAGGACACGGAUGAAGGUCUGAACACAGAUUCCGAAUUGGAAGAUAUAGACGAGGCUGGUGAAGGUGAAGAAUCAAGAUUUUGUACUUUACCAAGGCCUGGUAAAAGUGGUGCAUCCUUUACAAUAUUGACAGCCAGAUUCUUUAAAGGACCUGGUCAUAAGGGACUCGGUUUUAGCAUCGUUGGUGGGACAGAUAGUCCACGUGGAAAUAUGGGAAUUUAUGUUAAAACUGUUUUCCCUAAUGGUCAAGCUGCUGAUCUUGGAACUGUCAAGGAAGGGGACGAAAUUUUGUCAAUAAAUUCGAAACCCCUUCACGGGAUGACACACGCCGAAGCAAUUGCAGAGUUCAAAUCCGUGAAGGCUGGAGACGUUGUUCUUCACGUUGGUCGUCGAGUUAAUAAAAAAAAACGUGAAUCAUUGACGUUACCUCCGGUUGGUCCACCGGCACCUCGGCAACCAAUCAAGUGAAAGACAAAAUUACGAUAAUUUCGGUUUUUUAAGUUAAUCUAAAAAAACGUCGAGAUGUUAAGUGAUAUUUUUUGUUGACUUACCCUAAUCUAUUGGUAAGAGGAAUUUUUCUCUAGGGACAUUAUUUUUUUUUUUUAUCAUCGAUGGCCAAGAAUAUUAAUUGUUGUACUUUUUUUUUUUUAUAAUCGUACAAAGCAAUAGCGUUUAUUAUUGCUGGCAAUAAUAGAAAACUGUGGCCACCACCCUUUCCCUCAACCCCCUUGUUUUGCGACAGAUUUAUGUAGAACAACAACAAAAAUAACAAAUUACCGUUGAUA